AUGCUCCGCCGAUUCAGAGCGGCUGCGUUGCGAGCCCCCGGCCGCACGAUCGCUGGGAACCCCGCGCCGCCCGGUGAGAGCCUGCCCGUCGAACGCCCGCCGCGCUCGCCGCUGUCCGCUCCCUUUCUCGCGCGUGGCUGCCACGUGCGCCCAGCUGCGCGGUCCCCAGCACGCCGCCUUCCCCCAUAUGCCGCAAUGCCCACUAGCCCCUUCCAGCAACGCCGCGCGCAUGGGGGGCCCACCCGCUCUCCGCCACCCCAGGCGCCGAUCGUGCCUCAAUGGGCCGAGCGUGACAAAUCGGGCAUGGCGUUUCCUGUCGCUUUCUCGCCCUCGUACGCACGCAAGCGUAUAUCAGCUCAUCCCACCCUUCACGCACCGCCCACCGCCCCAUCCCCUCUCCCUCCCCCGGCACGCAGCAAUCGCAAGCACUACUAA